GUCGCUGUGCACAUCAACAUCGCCGAAGGAUCAACAUGGACCCCUUCAUCAAAAGGGACGCCCAAGACCACGUCCUAGACGAGAGUUUUCCCAAUUUCAACACUCCAAUCUUGCGUCUAACCCCUGCCCUCCGACGCCGCAUCUAUCUAAGUCCAUGGCUGAAUGUGCUUGUGCGAUAUCCGACUCACGACGGAGAGAUCCAUGACGUUUUGAACCUCAGUGGAAGAAACUAUCAGCCCUCACUCUAUCAACCAAACAACCCUGCACACAAGCUCGGAAUUUAUGGCCUCCUCGUCUGCUGCCGAACAAUCUAUGCUGAGGUCUCAGCCCUGCUUUACAGCUCUAACAGAUUUGUCAUUAGAUACUGGGAGAAGCAGUCACUUUCACCUCUGCUAGCCUUGACCCCAUCCUCUCUAUCUAGCCUAACACAUGUAAAGAUUGUCCUCAGACAGGGGUCCUGCCAUUCCAGAAGCUCCCCGGCUAAGCAACCUGAGGAUUACCGGGGUUUUUGUGAUGUCUAUAGGAAUGCCUCACCAACCGUGCCUGGAAAGGCUGAUCCGCCUCUUGAUCUCCACCAGGCCAAGUCAAAGGCUUUACUCGACGAAUGGAAGUCAGCCGCGGAGCACAUUUCUCGCCACAUUGGCACUGAUAGACUCGAGCUAUGUAUAGUCUGCGAUAUGGGCCCAGAUGACCUGGAGGGCGCCAAAGAAGUGCUUGAGCCACUCAAGCUCUUUCCACGACUACGCAAUUGCCACAUCCGACUUUCUCGAGAUCCUUCACCUCAACUCCAGCGAAUGGCCUACGACAUGGUACUCAAAUCUCGAGGCCCACUUCUGCCGGAUGAAGUGGAGGGGUUCUCUCAGACCAAGCCCCGGAUAGGGAGCCGUCUUCUCGCGCUACCUCGCGAGUUACGACUCCAUAUCUUAAGCUACACCGAUCUUAUCACGCCAUGGAAGGAAGUUGAAUGGAGUAGGGAGUGUAAUGAUGAUGGGAAAUACCUUGUGAUUUCCCCAGGCUGUUCGGCUGUCGAACGAGGGCCUUGUAACCCACGUCUGCACCAUGGAUGUCAGUUCUGGGAAUGCUGGUGGGCCCAUAAUCGGCUUUCAAAGCCCGGCAUUGGUUGCUUUUGCAAACUUAGGCACGCAGCUUCCUCUUCGACCUGUAUUUGCUGGACGCCACCGACAGCCUUGUUUCUAGUCAACCGCACUCUCCUUCAUGAUGCGCAGGUCGUGUUUUUCUCCGGAAACCGCUUUGUUGUACAUGACUUCCAAUUCAAACUUCCCUGGAGUACACCUGGCCGUUCUACACACGAAUGGCAGGAGCUGGAAGAAGACGAGAGCGGGAUUCAGCUGGAGGGGCCUGGAUUGUCCGAGUACCACUCAGAUCAGCUUGCACCGAGCAUGUUCCUACGAAAGAAGGUCCCGCAUCAAAUGCUCCGGGAGCUACGUGAGCUCGAGUUUGUCUUCCCACCAUACGUGCCCACCGGCUGGCCCGGGGAAGGCCACCGAGCAAUAGCCGACUGGGCUGAGACUCUCUGCUGGGCGAGGGAUAAGUUGAACCUCCCCGUCUUAACACUUAGUCUUGUAAUGUCAAACGCACAAGAUGAUAGGGAUUCACCACUAGGCCGUAAGGAGAUCACAAGCGACCAGGUCGAAGCUAUACUGUCGGCGUACCGCCGCAUCGCAUCGCCAAUCACUGUACUGGCUCAGACCAAGCCUAGCAAAGAUAUUACAAAGCUGCGUGGCUUCUAUGCUGAUGUCACUUGGCCGUGGCACUCGUACUGGGUAGACACCAACAGGUACAUGCAAUAUGGAACGGGGUGGGUGUGGGAUCUUUGUAGGAAAGAACACCGAGAGCUAAGUGAAGGCAUUGAGCGCUUGGUUUUGGGUAAACGGGAUAAUGAAACACACACGAGCAGCAGGGAGAAACCAUGGAUUAGUGUCUGGCAUGACUUGUAUAUCGACAGACUUUGAUGAUGAAGAUGCCAGAGGGGACAGAUAGAACCAAGUGCCAGUGACGACCGGGGACAUAAGACCAGAGAGGCCUCAGGAGAG